CGGGGUAGGUUUUUACAUGGCGGCGCCCAUUACAAACCGCAUUAGUGCACCGCUAUCGCGUGACAAUGACAAUGGUAAAACAACUACUCUAGCACCGGCAUUUUAAAUAAAUAAUGAAGAUGUGGGGACGUGUUUGUUAAACUGUAAUGUCGACCAGUCAGCAAAGCUCGAAGUUUCAGUCUAAACCAUCCUUCACGAGCGAUAUAGAGUUUUGUUCGGAGUGCGGAGCAAUCUUGCCUCUUCCUGGACGCGACGACGUAGUCGUAUGCAGAGUUUGUAGCUACGCAAUUGACGUGACAGAGUUUGCUAAAAUAGAAAUCAACACAAAAAUUGUAUUCAACGCCCGUGAAGAAAAACAAGGGACAACUCACUCAUCCCAGGACAUUGCAGGGCCAUUGGUUGAUAGAAAAUGUUCCAAAUGUGGGCAUGAAGGAAUGACAUACACCACCAGACAGACUAGAUCAGUAGAUGAAGGCCAGACUGUUUUCUAUUCCUGCCCUGCUUGCAACACUAAAGAGACGGAAUACUCCUAAGGCACCGAUAGCUGAGUAAGACUGUAGACAUUCUGAGGUAACUGUAGACAUUCACAAACGUGCGCAG